AUCAAAAUCCCCUCUCUGGUUCUCCCGCACCAGAAGCAACUCAAAAUCUAUCAACUUUUCCGCUGAGCGGAUCUCGCCGAAAUCCCUGUCCUUACAAUUGCCGGUGCAUUCUCCGGCCAAUUGGUGACGGGACUAUCUUCGAUCUCCUGUGUAAAAAAGAAAAAUAUCGUAAGCUUGAGGUGGGCUAUUAGUUUCUGCUCAAAUUGCUGUUUUUGCUUAAACCAGGACUUGAAGAAAUUUGUAGAACUGUUUGGUUUCAAGCUAGAAGUAUCAAUAGCUCACUGCAAAUAAAAGAAAAAGAAACUAGAAAUGAAUUUUGGUUUUGCAGUCGAAACUAUUAAUCUAAAAUUCAUGAAGUCUGAUCGUAGACAAAUGGAUUGUAGCAUUUCAUCAGCAUACAAAUCCCUUUAAUAACUUAAGAGAAAUUCUUGGAAUUGGAUACUUUCAAACAUCAUUUGAAGUUUACAUUGUGGCUUUUUAGCUUGACUACUUUCUCCUUCUUUGGCAUUAAAAGAACAGCAUAAUUAUUUGGUGUAGAUUGGUUCCAGUAAUUCUUGUCAAAUUGUGCACUAAUAAGAAGUUGUUGGAUGUUGUAAUUCUGCAUGGCUCACUUAAUGGAGGGAACUAAAGAUACAGAAGAGGGAUAGUGAUUAAAGACGUAAAGUUUAAUGGGCUUUUUUAUUUUGCACAUAUCUUGGUUACUAUUAAGAAGUUAAACCUAUUGAUUAAAAUGUUUCAUUUUUGGUUACAUACUUGGCAAGGACUGAGGAUAUUAUUCUGCUCUUAUUGUUCUUUUAUGGAUGUGAUAAGGGACUUCUUUCUUUAUUUUCAUACUUUGUUUGGUAGUCUUUCCAGAAUCAAGGUUUUUGGAUGGCAAAAAGUGCCGAGUCAAUAAAUGAUGGUGAGAUUAAUUAUGAUUCAUCUAGAAUUGAGAUGAAGCGUUCUCAUCAGUGGUUUAUGGAUGGUUCUGAGGUAGAACUAUUUUCCAACAAGAAACAAGCAGUAGGAGUUCCAACCAACAACUUAUUUACAGGAAUGAUAAAUUCAAAUGUUUCUCAAUGGGGAAAUGCUUCUAGUUUUCAGUCAAUGUCUGGCCAUUUUUCUGAACGGUUAUUUGAUUCUGAUAUAGCAAGGACUGCUAAUUUUGAUGACAGAAACAUUUCAUUGGUUAGCUCAGAAAAGUUUACUAUGGGGAGGAAGGUCAAUGAGGAUCCAUUUGGGAAUGAUUCCUCAUUUAAUUUAUCUAUGUCUCACACGCUGGAAGAUCCUAGAUCAAGUUUAAAUUGUAGUGGGAUUAGAAAAGUGAAAGUUAGCGAGGUCAAGGAAUCUGAGAAUAUCAUGCAUUUACCAAUGGAACAUGACUACAGUAGGGUGGAUAGCGAUAAUAUGUCAACUUCUAAUGCUUAUGAUAAGGGUGAAAAUACCAUAUCAAUGGAUCUUGCUUAUAACAAAGGGGGCGGCCACAUCAUGCCUGUGGGUGAAACCUAUGACAGGGAGAGUAACAUUUUCAUUUCAAUGGGACAACCCUAUAGCAAGGGAGAUGACAACAUAACGAUGAGUCAAACAUACAAAGAUAAUAAUAAUACCAUGGCAAUGGGUCACACAUUUAGUAAGGGUGACAACAAUAUCAUAUCUAUGGGUCAAACCUUCACGCCAGAUGAAAACACCAUGUCAAUGGGGCACCUUUUCAGCAAAGGCAAUGACAGUACUGUUUUAAUGGGUCAUACAUACAACAAACGCAACAACAAAAAUUUGUCAGUUGGUCAGUCUUUUAAUAAAAGAGAGAGUACUAUGAUAUCCUUUGGUGGCUAUGAUGACGACGAUACAAGUCCCUCAGGACAGCUCAUAUCCAAUUAUGACUUGUUGAUGGCUCAUUCUUCUCUUCAGAAUUCAGAAGUAAUAAAUGAGAAAGAUGUAGUCAAUUCACAUGUGGAUGCACAUGCAUCUGCUGUCCAUACAACUGCCUCUGGAACUGAAAAUACUUCUAAGAAGAAAGAGGACCUAAAAGCAUCUAAGAAGGCGCCUUCAAAUAACUUCCCUUCAAAUGUUAGAAGUUUACUGUCCACUGGAAUGCUGGAUGGAGUUGCUGUAAAGUAUAUAGCAUGGUCACAGGAGAAGGAGCUUUGUGGUGUUAUAAAAGGUUCUGGAUAUUUAUGUGGCUGUCAGACAUGCAAUUUCUCUAAGGUAAUUAAUGCCUAUGAAUUUGAGCGACAUGCUAAUUGUAAAACAAAACACCCCAAUAAUCACAUAUAUUUUGAGAAUGGGAAGACCAUCUAUGGCAUUGUCCAAGAGCUAAGAAGCACUCCUCAGAGUAUGCUUUUUGAAGUUAUUCAGACAAUAACUGGAUCACCUAUCAACCAGAAGUCCUUUCAUCUUUGGAAAGAAUCAUUUCUAGCUGCGACCCGUGAACUUCAACGAAUUUAUGGAAAAGAUGAAGGGAAACCGUUAUAAAAAAAAAGAAGCCUUGUUCAAGUUGUAAGGUAGGACCAUUUUUGUGUUGUGCAUACAAGUGAUCUUUUUGGCUACACCUUGUAUUGGUUAAGGUGGCGGUGCUACUAACUUGAGAUCAUUGGGUGUUUGCAAAAUUGGAGACCAAUGAGCAAAGGAAACUUUUAAUCUUGUCACUGGAUUUAUUAAAGCAGCACAUAGCCCAGAUGCUGAAGGGCAAAUGAAAUUCAAAAAUAUGUGCUACUUGUUAACGGAAGGAAUCUUUUUUGUAACUUUCCUGUGGUGAUUUCCUUCUUGGUAUUCUUUAUCACCAUAACAGGUUUCUCCUUUUUUGAAUGAGUAGAUUACAUUUUACAGAA